UUGGGAAUUCGAGAUUGAGCUCGUUCAACUUAAGUAGGUCUGCUCUGUCUUUAGUCGCUAAAUUCAUCACUUGCGGAGGGAGAAUAUCCAUUAUCAUUACGGCUAAGCAAGCUACCCCAUCUAUUCUGUACUCCGCACGUAUUUCGUCACUGCACCCAGUGGGAGAUGCAGACUAUCCUUGGAGUGCUCUCAACCUUUCUCAAGUUCCUAAUAAGCAUAGAGCUGAUAUUAAUGCAGAGGCAUUCCGCUAUAGUCUAGAAAAUGCCGGACGAUGCGUCCCCGAGUUCUCCUUCCAAUGCUGUGCCCCGUCCGGUAUUCCCUCAAGGCCCCGGCUUCACACUUGAAGACUUCUCUAGCCGUGAUUUCAUGGUGAAGGAAUUUAUUGAAGCACUCUCCGAAACCGCAGUAUCAUCUCGGCGUUCUGCAGGUGUACCUGCAGGUGGAAGCCAGCCGUUCGAUCCCAAACCACUGAUACGGACAUUUGAGCACGCGCAGCGGCGAAUAGUCGAACUAUCAGGCGACCUGGAGAUAAAAGAAAACGAGCUGUCCGCAGCAGUUCGCAGGGCUGAGGCACAGCACACCCAGAACUUGAAUACUUUAGGAAGGAAAUUAAGUCAGACCGUCGAUUCCUUCCAGCAACUAGAUACAUCAUUUAAUGGUACAGGAAUGUCCGGAGGAGAGCUCUCCGAGGCCACAGGUAGCAUGGCCGUCGAGACAGGACGUAAGCUCGAGGAGUUAGAUCGUCAAAGACGCCGGGCGCUUGACGCACAUUUUCUCCUCGAAUGCUGGGAUGGUGUGAGCAAUAGGGGGGAUUUGACACUUUUAGAGAAUCUGAGAAGGUCAGGCACGGGUGAGGCCAAAGUUCGAUCGGCACAGAUUGCGCGUCAGUUGCUCAGAAUCAGUCAGCGACUUGAUACUGCAAGUUGGGAUGAAGCAGCGGGAAGACAUAACGAGACCUUCGCAAAUGGAUCUAUCGCAGACGAGCAUGCGAGCACAAAGGGCAGUAUGCGGCUAAACACACGAGAAAUCAUCGAGAAGUUCUCCGAGACGCUGGAGAACGAUCUGCUCAAGCAAUUUGACGAUUUCUACCGAAAAGCCAACUUUGAAGGCAUGAAGGAUUGCGCGACAGUACUAGAGGAUUUCAAUGGUGGUGCAAGUGUGAUUGCUUUGUUUGUGAACCAGCAUCAGUUCUUUAUUGACCGCAGCCAAUUAGUGACGGAGCAAGUUGGAGGGGAUCCUGAAGCCUGGGAAAUGCUUGCAGAUCCUGAUGCCGAACCUUCAAAAGUGGAGCCCAGUCUGCAGUCACUCAUUGAUGAAGUCAAAGUUGUGGUUCAAGAAGAGUCCGCGAUCAUCAAAAGGGCUUUCCCAUACUACGAGCAAGUGUUGGGGAAGUUCUUGCAGCGCGUUUUUCAGCAGUCAAUACAACAACGACUCGAGAUGGUCUUGGACAAGGCGAACAGUGUCUCAUCACUAGCGUUUCUACGUUCUUUGCAAAGCUCCCGCAGUUAUCUCAGCGCACUAGUCGAUGACUUAAAAGCCCAUGGAUUGACCGAACAUCCCGAUCCUAUCUCAUCACAGACAGCCCUCAUUCUUGACCAGCAAUUAGAGGACUUGUUUGUGCCCUAUUUUGUGGGGUCGUCUUACAUAGAAAGAGAAAAGAAGACAUUGGAAGAACUAUAUACCUCUUUACAGUUCAAGUUCACCACUUUCCACGCUCGCAGAAAGAAAGCGGUGACAACCUUCAUGGCAUCCCUCUCGAAGUCAGGCACAGAGGUUCUCGUCUCCGCAAGAGAUGCAUAUAUUUCACGCCUUGAGUCUUCCGAACUCCCCUCGACGCAGAAAGGUCUGCUACUGCAAUUGGCAGGCUUGAGGGAAGCCACAGAUUCCACUAAAUUUGCAGAUAUCAAGCUUACGGAAGACGACGGUAUCCCCAGCAUCGCCCAUGCAAAACGUAUGUUGAAAUGGCUUGCGGAAGCAGUCGGUAGAGGACUAGAACUGAGUAUGACUAGUGAGACGCCCAAGGAUAUGCUUGCUCUUCUGGGCCUUCUUCUUUCAAUGAUGGGAGAGGGUUAUAUUGAAGUUUGUCUCGACGCUGCUCUGGAUGUAGCCACGUCCCAGGAAUCAGGUAGAACCGAGCCUGAUCUCGGAUAUAUUCCAGCUAUACGAAACGCCAUCAGCAUCGCCAAUCUAAUGGUUAUGUGCAUUAACACUUUACUCAUCCCUCUUGCCGCAGGAAGCAUCACAGUUCGUCGAGAAAUGGAGAAAAAAACAAAUUUGAUCACGAUACGAAUUGAGGAGAAGAUAAACUCAAUAGAGCAAAAGGUCAUUGAUGCGACUUUGACCUGGGUGAGCAAACUUUUAUCUGGUCAGAAAAAAAAUGACUUCCGACCAAAAGAGGGUGACAACACAACCUGGUUGGAGAGGCUUCAGACUCCGACAUGUGCGUCAACCUGUGCCUUCUUAGCUCGUGCUCAUGAUGUCCUCAAGAGCUCUCUGCCACCUAGUGGCUCCAACCUUCGCCAGUUACUCACGGAGAUUGCAAUUGGGACAAAAAGUCUUCUCCUUGAACAUUUCAAACGCUUUAUUGUGAACGGGCCGGGAGGGCUUAUAGUAACCAAGGAUAUGACACAAUACACCGAUCUCUUGAGGAGUUGGGACAUUGAUGAGCAAAUUAAGGGCUCAAGUGGUGCGCUAGAUGUCCUUCUCGAAGUCGGAAACCUUUUUGUCAUUGGUUCCGAAGCUUUGCAGGAGCGGAUACGAGGAAGCGCUGUCAAUACGGGUACUGGGAAUGGCAAUGCUGGUAUAGAUCAAGGACGAGGCACGAGUCAUGUGGAUACAAACCUUAGCGUGCAGGAAGUCAAGGCUUAUGUUUCUCGAAGGGAGGAUUCCAACACGGCCGCUUUACAGGUUGUGCUCAAUAAUCUUUGAUUUGGAAAUGAUCAAGGCUCAGAGAACAUGAUAAGCAGGGAAGUGUAUAUGUCUCAGUAUUGUGC